UCUCUCUCUCCCUCCAGGGGACACGGUGGGGACCGGGGGCAGCUCGAAAACAGCGUUGAUCUGUGCCGAUCUCUCCAGGACGUCCUUCGAGGUGGAUGGUGGCGAGAUCAGUGUGGGAGGAGAGAUCCAGUCCAUGGUCUGGGACCCCAGUGGAGAAAGACUCGCUGUCAUCACCAAAGGCGACCCCUGUAGCCGGCCGAUCAUCGCUGUGUUCAAAACUCGCCUGAGGCCCAUCUUCGAGCUGCUCCCCUGUGGCUUCGUUCACGGUGAAGGUGACUCCAGCCCUCAGUUCAUCAGCUUCCACCCAAACUUCUCUAAGGGGGCUCUCCUGACAGUGGGCUGGUCGAGUGGCCGUGUAUCCCACAUCCCCUUCUGCUUCAUCCGGAACCAGACCCUCGCUCCUGAUACCAGCUGCAGCCUAGAGCCCGUGGGCUCCACCCACCGGGACCUGUUCUCCGAACUCUGAGAUUCCCCAGACGCUGCUCACUCUGUGUCUGUGUGUGUUGUCUGAAUUAAAGGAAACAUUGGCGGGGAAGAAAGGUUUAACCACCCCCCCCACCCCGCCAAAAUCUGAAGUGGCA